AUGGAGCGUAAGAAUUUUGCUAUCAGCAGUCGUUUCCAACAAAAUCAAGCGAUGUACGACACGGAGGAUUUGGAGAUCAUCGGCAGUUGCAAGCCUUGCAAGACUUGUCACGAAAUUAAGAUAAAGACUGAGAUUUUGGACGAAAUUGAGAAUUUUUCGGUCAACGACGAAUUGGACAUCGAACAGCACGUCAAAAGCAAACAGUUGGAAAGAGUAUUGUGCCAUGAAAAUUCCGAACAGAUCCCAAAAUCAGACUGUCAAAGAAACGCAAGCGUUUCACUUUCUCGGAGACAAAUGGAUGAGUACACUGACUUAAAGGAAUACAUCGUGUCAUUGACAAGAGGGAAGCUUUUAAUGUGCAACGUCUGCAAGAUCGAAUUUCCGAACGAGGCCGAGUUCAGGACUCACAUGAUUGGACACAGCUAUGGGAAACUUUUCCAGUGCGGAUUUUGCAAGAAGCAGUUCUCAAGAUCGGCAACCUAUAAGGAUCAUAUGCAUUUUACUCCGAAGCCUUUUGCGUGCAGACAAUGUGAGCUCCAAUUCCAGAAGAAACGUGCGUCGGAAGAACGACAGGCUAAAGCGCAUUCUCGGAGAAAGACGUUUCGGUGUUUUAUCUGUAAGAAAGAAUUCCUGCACCAUCGGUCGCUGCGCGAUCAUAAGCUGAUGCACAAUAACGCGAAGCCGCACGGGUGCACGACCUGCGGCAAGAGCUUCCUGCGGCCCAGCAGCCUUCGGACCCACAUGAUCGUCCACACCGCGGACUUGCCGUUCGCGUGCAAUCUCUGCCCAGCGAAGUUCAAGAGAUCGUCAGUGCUGAAAACGCACAAGCUGACGCACACAAGCGUGAGAAGAUUCGAGUGCGACAUUUGCAAGCAUCGUUUCCACCUGAAAGGCGCGCUGAAGCAUCACAUACUGGCGCAUUACGGUAUCAAGCCCUAUAAAUGUGAAGACUGCGGCCAAACUUACAGAAGAUCCUGGGGUUUGAAAGUGCAUAGAUAUCGACAUACUGGCGUAAAGCAAUUCGAAUGCGAUUUCUGCAAGCUGCGCUUCAGCGUGAAGACGAAGCUCGCGAAUCAUAUUUACACGCACACUGGCGAGAAACCUUACAAGUGUAAUGCCUGCGGACGUCAGUACGGCGAGAGAUAUCAGUUGAAAGCGCACAGGUGUACGGCAUUACUUGACAACUCAUUGAAACUGAAAACUACCCAAAUUUCAUUCUAUCAGCCAAAGCUAUCGAAAAGUCUGAUAAAAGUAAACUCAUUUAACAGCGUAUGCUAAGAAAUAAUGCCAUCGAGAAAUAUUGUUCAAGUUAAGAUUGCAAAUCUUUUGUUAUAUCGAAAACAUUCUGAAUAUAUCGAGCAGACAAUAAAAACAACUAUUAAACUCAUAAAAAUUGCGUAUAAAAAAUGUAUAUAGAUUUACGAAUAUCACAACGCAACUUUCAAAGCGCAGAUGCUGCCCGAACGAUUAAUUUAAUUAUUAUCGGUCACGAUCGCGCUUAUAAUAAGACUCGUUCCUCGGCUUGAUACAAUGGCUGGCCACCAUUUCGUUCGUGAUCAAAUCUAUCCGCACGGAUCCCAUCCGUGUUUGCAUGCCCGUGAAGCUUAAUAAGGCAUGGCCUUAAUAAGCACUUCGCCGCAGAACAAAACACCGAUUAAUCCCAGACUGGACCGACUCGAUACGGAUUGGUUUCGAGCUGCCUGCCGACUCGCGCGGGAUAGGUCGGCUUAGGUUCGUCAUCAACGUAUCGUAUAUAAUCACAGUCUUUAUUCGAUAUUGCUCGAACGUGACCGCCGGGAUCACCGAACAGCGCAGCGAAAUUAAUGCAACUUCCAAGACGUAACAGUCCUCUGGAAACAAUUAUUUACUUUCAACGAUAUACACCCAUGUGUUGUUAUAAUAGCGAACGUCGUAGAUACCGCAUAUAAUUGUUUACGUAAUUUACAUUCCUGUCGUGGAGAAAGCAGAUUUCGCAAUACAAAUAGUUCGCACAAUUUCUUUUUAAUCAGCAACGUCUAAGGAAUUAAUUACUGCUUCCUUGAUUUCGUAAAAAUUCCACAGCGAUAUAUUAAAAUUAAUUAAAUAUCUCGAUCUGUAAUUAUUGCACAUUGCUUCGUCUUUCGCUUCAUCUUAGUGCUUUUGGCGAUAAUCAAAAUCGAAAUUUGUAUCAUUAUUUAUAAGACAGCGGUUUUAUCUUGUUAUCAAAUUUACGAUUGUUUAA